AUGGCUAGUGAUGAGAUUUCGCUACGUAACAUCGUGAAGUUCAACGGUACGAAUUUCCAACCGUGGAAAUUCCAAAUAAAAAUAUUGUUCGAUUACAAUAAUUUAUCGGCUAUUGUCGAGGGAAGUGAGAUGCUUCCUGAAAAAGCUACAGGCGCGAAUGCGGCGGCGAGAAAUGCCGAGUGCAUGGCCUGGAAGAAGAGGGACGCAAAGGCGCGCUUGCUCAUAAUUACGGCGUGUGACGAGAUACAAAUGGAGUAUCUUACAAGGAUUUCCAUCGGUACGCAAUGGAGCCGAGUUGCACUAUGGCGCAGCACGUGGCGCGUGUGCAAAAUUGUGCCUUCCGGCUACGCGAUAUCGGAGAUCGACGACGACACGAUCAUGGCCAAAAUUAUGUCGACGCUGCCGUCGAAAUAUCGUGCUUUUAAGACCACAUGGGCCAAUGUUCCGGAGAGUGCGCAGACCAUCUCAAAUUUGCUUGAUAAAUUACUACAAAAAGAAAAGAAUGUACUCAAGGAGGAACAAAUCAGUGAAGGGCUCACUGCUGUGUUGGUCAAUCCAGCGAAAGGCACGAAGGACAACGCGGAAAAUAAAGGCGGGAAUAAGGGCAAGCAAUUCAAGAAAGCCAAGAAGAAAGGAAAUGCUAGAUGUUUCCGAUGCUCUGAAAAGGGACAUUUUGCAUGGAAAUGUCCGACGAAACCGAAGAAGAAGCCUGCUGAAAAUGGCGGUGCUUCCGGUAGUGCAUCGAGUGGCUCUGGUGCAGCGUGCGCGUUCGCGUUCCCGGCCAUGUUUGAUCAUGAGAAUAUGGCGUCGGAAGACACGUGGUUUUUGGGCAGUUGUGCAUCACUACAUUCCACGUUUCGUCGAGAGAACCUUUUGUCUGCGGGACGCUUAACGGACAAAAACAUAUGUGUGACUCUCACGGAAAGGAAAGCGGAACUAAUGCACAAUGGCGUUAAGGUAGCUGAGGCGAGGCGAAUGUUGCAGUGUAAUUCAGAUUUAAAGACGUUACACGAGAGACUCGGGCAUGUGAACGUUGGGACUAUUGAGAGGAUGGUCAAACACAAAUUAUUGCCGUCGGUCAAUCUCAAGGAGGUAAAGUCAUUCUUUUGUGAACCAUGUCAAAUGGGAAAGAUGCAUCGAAAAUCAUACAAAUCGACUGAGGAUGGACGUGAUACUAAACCAGCUGCGGUGCGAAAUUGCUUCGGAAGAUCUAUUAAAGUACUUCGAACGGACCGAGGUCGCGAAUACGUCAACAAUGAAAUGAAAAGAUACUUGGAGGAGAAAGGUAUUGAGUAUGAAGUGACAGCACCGUUUACUCCUGAGCAAAAUGGCAAGGUGGAGCGUGAUAAUCGGACGAUUGUCGAGUGCGCGCGUACUCUUCUCCACGCGAAAAAUCUAUCAAAGAUCAUGUGGGCAGAAGCAACAGCUUAUGCAGUAUAUAUUCUCAAUCGUAUUGCUAAUCGGAAGGACAAAGAUGUGUCACCUUACGAGAUGUGGACUGGAAAGGCACCAGAUUUAUCGAAAUUGAAAACGUUCGGUUCCGAUGCAUAUAUACAUGUUCCAGGUUUAUUCCGUAAGAAAUUUGACUCACAAGCUCAAAAGGGGAUCUUUGUAGGUUUUCAAGGCGAAUCAGGGAACGCAAGAGUGUAUCUGCCAAUAACGAGAACUAUCAAGGAGUCGAAAGACGUGACGAUACACGAGAAAGAUGUUCUAGUGAGCGACAAGGAGGCGGCGGAAGUACAAGUAAAAAUUCCGAUUAAAGAGGAUGUUGGUCCUAUGAUGGAACAAGAAGUUCAAGGAGCAACUAUGCUAAAAGAGCUUCCGAUGAUUGAAGACGAACAGGCUAAGAAGGCGCAUAAGCUCUUGAUUGAGGAAGCAGCGAGUGAAAGUGUACGGCGUUCGCAACGGGAACGCAGAGCACCGGUUCGCUAUGAGGCGUGUUGGGCAGCGAUUGAGGAGCCGAGAACAUUCGUCGAAGCUAUGACGAGGCCAGACAGUGAGAAAUGGGAGAGAGCAGUAGAAGAAGAACUACAUGCACAUGAAGAAAAUGGUACGUGGAAAAUCGUGAAAGAUGUUGGGCAGAAGACGAUAACAUCCAAAUGGGUUUUCAAGGUCCAAGAUUUAAAGGACGGCCGGCGUUACAAGGCUCGUCUUGUCGCACGAGGUUUUAUGCAGACAUCGGGAAUAGAUUACAAUGAGACGUUUUCACCGGUGGUACGUUACGACUCGUUGCGGGUGUUGCUGGCGAUGGUGGCACAGCACGAUCUUGAAUUAGUACAAUUCGAUGUCAAAACGGCCUUUUUGAAUGGAAGGUUGAAGGAGAAUAUUUACAUGAAGAUUCCAGAUGGUCUUAAAGUCGAGGACGACAAGAAGGACUGCGUCCUGAAAUUGAAAAAAAUCGCUCUACGGGCUGAAGCAAGCGUCGAGAUGCUGGAACGAGACGUUCAACAAAUUCCUGUGUAA